UCCACAAGCUGUGACCCAUCUCCGGUCGCCGGCGGCUCACCCACCUCCUUGGGGCCCGGAGAUGGCAAUGGCUCGCCGCCCAAUCGCGCUACUGCUCCUCGCGAUGCUGCUCUCGUCGGUGUCUCGCCCUUGUCUGGCGCAACAGAGCAACGACAGGGGCCGCCACCACUCCGGCGCCACGGCCGGCGGGUUCACGCCGACCACCAUCGUCGUGCUCGUCGCCCUCAUCACCGCCUUCGUAGUCCUCACCGUGUUCUCCAUCUACAUCAACCGCUGCGCCCAGCGGCGAGCCCCUCCGCGCCGGGCGUUCCGCACGGCCGCUCAGCCCGUUGGCGGCGCCGCGGUCUCCCGCCCUGGCGGGCGGUCGCGUGGCCUGGACAAGGAGAUCGUGGAGGCCUUCCCCACGGCCGUGUACGGAGACGUGAAGGCGCGCAUGGCGGCGAAGUCGGGGCCGCUCGAGUGCGCCGUGUGCCUCACCGAGUUCGCGGACAGCGACGAGCUGCGGGUGCUCCCCGCGUGCUGUCACGUCUUCCACCCGGACUGCAUCGACCCGUGGCUCGCCGCCGCCGUCACGUGCCCGCUCUGCCGCGCCAAUCUCACAGCACCCCCGGUGUCGUUCGCCACCGUCGAGAGCUCCGACCUGACGGCGCCGGAGGAGGCGGUGCAGGAAGAGUCUUCGGAAGAGCUCGACGGGGCGUCCCUGAUGGCUUCCUUCACGCCGGAAUCCGUCAUCGACUUCGGUGCAACUCAUGAUCACGAAUUCUCGGGUGCAGGGCACCCCCACUACCGUAGGACACAAUCAGCCAUGGACGCGCCGGACAGGCACACGCUGAGGCUACCUGAGCACGUCAUGAAGGAGCUCGCCGCCGACCGCAGGCACCGGCGCGCCGCGAGCCUCGCCGGGUACCCGGACAGCAUGGAAAGGACACCGAAGUGGUUCACGUCGCUCUGGCGAUCGGUGUCGUGGCAGCGACAGAGCCGGACAGAUUGGGACGCCGGAGAGGAAAACGGUGGCAGCAAGAGGGUUCACCCGGUCGCCGGAGCACCGGACGAGAAACCCAGCGGGUCCGGCUCCGAUGGGAGCAAAGAGAACUCCGAUUCUGACGCGUUAAACCGGGUUUGAUUUUCUCUCUCGUUGUUUCUUAUCCAUCGUCCAAAUUGUGCAGCGGUGUAGUAAUACAAGCUAACCAUGAAUCCAUCAACUGCCAUGCACAUUCUCCAUUAGCAAACGAUGCUACUCUAGCUCAUCUUUCUAUUAGCAAACAGUAUUAAUCUUGAUUGUUGGUUCUUGUUUGAUUUUUAUCGGGGUAUAAUUUGGGAUCAAUUUUUUGCACCUCUUGAAGACGCUUUAAAGCAAUAUCUCUUGGACUAAUGGGCAUAACUAGGGGUGAGAAUGUGUUCAACUAUUUUGCC